CAACGAUUCCCAUUUAAAAACCCUUCUUCAGAGCUGACGCUAGAUUUCCUAUUUCAUCUCUUUGUUCUUUUCUUCCCAGCUCUUCUCGAUCUCGUCUCAGGAUUCUAUUUGUUUAUCUAUUGCGUCCGAGAGAAGGAAAUCGGAGUUUUGGAGAUAUGGCUGGGAAAGGAGGGAAAGGUCUUGUAGCUGCUAAGACGACGGCGGCUAACAAGGACAAAGACAAGGACAAGAAGAGACCCAUCUCUCGGUCUGCUCGUGCCGGUAUUCAGUUUCCAGUUGGUCGUCUCCACCGGCAACUCAAGACCAGAGUCUCUGCUCAUGGAAGAGUCGGUGCCACAGCAGCAGUGUACAUGGCCUCGAUUCUGGAGUACCUAACUGCAGAAGUUCUGGAGUUGGCUGGGAAUGCAAGCAAGGAUCUGAAAGUGAAGAGAAUCACUCCAAGGCAUUUGCAGCUCGCCAUCAGAGGAGAUGAAGAGCUCGACACUCUCAUCAAGGGUACCAUUGCUGGAGGAGGUGUCAUCCCUCACAUCCACAAAUCCCUCAUCAACAAAACUACCAAGGACUGAGAUAUGGUUUCGAGUUUUUUUGCUAAUUAGUUAGUUGUGUCUUGUUCUUAGUGUUUGACUGGUUUUUCGGUUAUUAGUUUUUUUCAUUGGACAUCCUCUCCUUUAGGUGUGUACAUGAGCUUAAUGUUAUAACUUCUAGGCCUUUAUUUUGAGCUGUGUUUGUCUUUGUUAAAGACAUAGUUUGUUAAUUUGGAUUUCGACU